UUAAAAUUUAAUUAUUCAAACAAUUCUAAUCCUAAUGUAUUUUUCACAGCUGCUAAUUUUGACAAUUUUUUUUCGAUGACUCCAUCGCCAACUGAUUUCGUAUAUCAGUUUCUUCGUAUAGUAAGUUCUCAUUCGAGUCAGGUCAGUCCGAGUUAUGAUCGCGGCAUUUUGGUUUCCCUGAAAGUCAGUUUCUGAACGUUAACUAGUUCAUUUCUUAGUAUUUAUGUACUUUAGUUUUGAAACGCUGAAGCGGAGGAAGUCACUAAAUUUAUGCACAGCAUUGAAUUGGAACGAAGUUCAAAGGCGUAAAGCUAUUGAAACCUAGUAAAAGAUUUUCCUAGGGACUGAGCAAUCUUCUCAAGUUCAUACUAUAGCGGCGUUUCUAAACAUCUCAGCGACGGCAAUCAUUUCAGUCGUUUUCAGCCGGCGUACUAUAUUUUCUUCAUAUCAAAAUGGCAGAGCAAGGAGACCAAAUCACAGACUUAUCGAAAGCUCUUCUUCCAAUUGACAACAAGAAGCCAGAGAGCAAUAGGGAACGACCCAGCACACUCGUGGCUUUCUUCGUGUUCGGAGCUCUCAUUUACGCUAUGUACUCGUUAAUAAUCGCUGGAGCCCAAGAUAUCCUAGCAGGGACAUACAUACAAACUUCCAUGGUGUUGGUUGCAAAUAUUGGACCUUAUGUUGUGGUAACCUUCGUCGCUCCAUACUUCAUGAAAAACAUUCCCUAUUUCGUUCGUAUAUGCUUCGUGUUUUUAACCGGAGCCGUGGGAUUCAUAGUCAUUGUAUGUUCCAAAGAGGUCGAGUGGAAGUUAAUUGGUAUUGGAUUGGCAUCGCUUGGAUACGGAGUCGGAGAAGUGAGCUUUCUCGCUUUAACGUCUUAUUUCCACUCAAGUGCGUUGUCUGCUUAUUCAGUAGGAACCGGCGUCGGAUUUGUAGCUGCACCACUUUAUUACACGGCAAUGACAACUUGGCUCUGUAUAUCACCUAAGGUAACGAUGCUCAUCAUGGCUGGCAUGUUACUACUUCUGUUUGUCUGCUAUAACAUCAUGGACAAGAAACACCUGGAUACAAGUACCCAACCCACCACUUGUGAAGACGUGGCCUAUACAAAACUACCAGACCAAGAGCCUGAGAGCGAGUCUAACGAAACUUCACCCAAUACAAAGGCAUCGAUAUUCGUUGAAAGAGAUAGCCUUACAUGGAAGGAAAAAAUGUCUGCCAUGAGGACCAUCUUCUCCCUCACGCUAAUCCCAUUGUUCGCAGCAUGGCUUUCGGAGUACCUGAUUAUUCAGUCUGUCCUCACCACCAUAGCCUUCACCAACGCUUCUUUUAGACCACGAGAUCACUAUCAGUACUAUAUCUUUGUCUUUAUGCUUGGGGAGGUAUUUGGAAGGUCCUACAGCGCUGUUGUUUCCUAUCUUAAGCCAAGCUGGAUAUCCUCUCCUACCUGGAAACAAUUAUGGGCCCUUUCCAUCAUCGAAAUCCUUCACCUUCUCUUCUUUAUCUUCGAGUCUUGGUAUCGGUUUCUUCCAGGAGUUAGCGUUGUCCUCCUCCUUUGCCUUUCAGCUGGUGUUGUCAUUGGUAUGCUCUUCAACUGUGUUUUGGUAUUUUUUCGAGAGUCUUUCGAUCAAAAACACCGUGAAUUCAUCAUGGGAUACUCAGUUUGUGCAAUGGGUGCUGGGAUUCUUACUGCCGCCCUGGUCGGACUUUACGUCGAGCCUCUUCUAAGGACACACUGCAUCUCAACAUUCAAAGACAGUGGCUACUGCUUCACUAGGUCUUCAACUUUGAAAGACGUCACAUCUAGAUGUGGAGGAAGGUUUCCGGCUGCUAACGCAACGCGAUGAAGUAGCGUGGUUAGAGCUCCCGAUAGUAUAUACACUGGUUCCCAAGCAGCUUGACAAAAACCCUGCGAAAUGUCUUCCAUAUAGACGUAUUGCUUGCUGUGUCUUGUAAAAUUUGAAGCUAAAUCUUGGCAAGUUUUUAAUGGACUUCUUGAGAUGGAGCUUUUUACCUUUACAAGUCAAUCUAUAGAGUAUCCUUUUUUUGUUUACAAUUGUGCUGUGUAGAGACAUAAAAUAAAUAUGGAUAUGACUCAACAAAGAAUUUUAUUCUCAAGAGAAUGACACGUGGUCUGGAAUGGGAAAACAUUUCGCCCAAGUAAAGAUGUCUAUAAAAUAAAAAAGUCUUUGAGCGAAUGUUCCAUCGUUAAUAAAUGGAACUCAAAAUAUUACUGAUUUUCAAGGCCGGCAAUUUGCUAAAACAGAGGAGCAACGACUUCCUUCGUUUGCGGUGUCUUGUUGGAUUUUAAACUGAAUAGAAAGUUUGUCCAAGAAAAUAUAAUCAGAAAAAAAAUUGAUAUCUAAUAGAGUGAAGGCAAUUAACCCGUGAAAUAAAAAACGUUAGUCAACGUGUAAUAGUGAAAUAGACACAAAAGAAAACAAUGGAAUUAGGGUCUACUAAAGUGUAUUAGUCUAAUAUCUAUUUCACGGGUUUAAUGACUUCACUCUAGUAUAUCUUAUGCCAUUAGUAUCACCAAAAGUCCCAAAAUAAUUCGUGAGAUAAAAACCAAUUAAUUAAACAAUUUAAACUUCACGCUAAACAAAUGAAUCAGGUAAGACAAACAAAGCUGACAUGAAAAUUUACAAAGAGUCAUUAAUUUACUAAAAUAAGCCAUCUUUUGAGCUGCAAGGCAUAUGAAUUAGCCCGUAAAUGUCAGUUGCCAUUGAAAAAUUUGAAUGACUAAUUAUCCCUCAAAACGACGAAUAAGUAAACGAUAAUUUAUGAUUAUUAAACUAGAAAUCCAUAGUACAUAGCAAAUUAAUAGACCUUUUCAUAAAUUAAAUAAAAUAUAGAAUUGUAUUUUAUCAUUAUAGAGUGCUUUCACGUGAUGUCACUGCGGCCAUGUUGGUGUAAAAAUUAUUUUGUAAAAAUUGUGCAGAAAGUUUCUAUUGUUUUGGUAGAACAAUAAUAUGACUGCUAUCUAUAUAACUUUCUUUUCUCGGACCACGAUGUAAACUACUGGAUUCCCAGUUAAUUGUGUAUAUCCAAUAAAAUUAUUACUAUCAUA